AUGGCACCAUCUGGAGGCGUCGACUUGUCCCAGCUCUUCGGUGGCGAAUGGCCGGCAGGCAAGCCCCUAGAUGAACUGUACCUCGAGCGGCUGCAUCCGAGCCUGCGGGCGAUGUUCGUGUCCUCGCCGACGCUGAAGGCGAUGUGGCAGCACGAGGUGAAAGCAGCCCUCGAUGGUAUGACCACAGAUGAUGUCUCCAAGCUCGAUCCGAACCAGCUUAAGCAGCUCAUGGAAGCGGAGAAGGAGGUGGACGCACGCAUCGGCGAGGUGAACAAGAUAGUUGAGGACCACGGUGAAGCGGUCGAACACCUCAAAAACCUCUUUGCGGGUAACGCGAUGGAGAGCGGGCUGGGUGUGGGCA